AUGGCGAACCCCAUACCUUCGAACCAAGGCCUCCUUAAAAAAUACCAGGAUCUGGACCAGAAGGGAAAUAUCAUGGCCGAAUACGUCUGGAUCGACGCCGAAGGCGGUACGCGCUCCAAGUCGCGCACUUUGAAAUACAAGGAGGAAGGCUACACGCCGAAGGACCUCCCAGUGUGGAACUUCGAUGGAUCCUCAACCGGCCAGGCACCUGGAGACAACAGUGACGUCUACCUCCGACCGGUCGCCGUGUACCCGGAUCCCUUCCGUCCUGGGCCAAACAUUCUCGUCCUCACUGAGUGCUGGAUGGCUGAUGGCACUCCGAAUAAAUUCAACUACCGUUUCGAAGCGGCCAAGAUUUUCGAGAAGUUCGCCGACCAAGAGCCGUGGUGGGGUCUUGAACAAGAGUACACAAUGCUGGACCUUUCCAACAGACCUCUCGGGUGGCCAGUGGCGGGCUUCCCCGCUCCACAAGGGCCGUAUUACUGCGGUGUUGGUGCUGGAAAGGUUGUCCAACGUGAUAUCGUCGAAGCUCACUACAAGGCCUGUCUUUAUUCCGGAAUAACUAUUUCUGGGACCAACGCGGAGGUGAUGCCAGCGCAGUGGGAAUUCCAGGUUGGACCGGCCGUAGGCAUCAACCUCGGCGAUGAGAUGUGGAUGGCCCGGUUCUUGCUCAACCGUGUGGCUGAGGACUUCGGCGCAAGGAUCUCGUACCACCCCAAGCCCAUGCCCGGAGAUUGGAAUGGCGCAGGAUUGCACAGCAACUUCUCUACCAAGGAGAUGCGCCAAGAAGGUGGCAUAAAACACAUUGAAGCGGCCAUCAAGAAGCUCGAGGGUCGUCAUCAGCAGCACAUUGCCGUCUAUGGCGACGACAACAUCCUUAGGCUUACUGGAAGACACGAAACAGGGUCGAUUGACAAGUUCACAUGGGGAGUUGCGGAUCGUGGUUCAUCGAUCCGUAUUCCCCGAGAGACUGCUGCGAAGGGUUAUGGAUACUUCGAAGACAGACGCCCAGCGUCGAACGCGGACCCCUACCGUAUCACUCACAUUAUUAUGGAGACUUUGUUCGAAUAG